AUGGUUAACAGGAGGCUGACCUGGUUCCUUGAGACCAACAAUAUUCUUAGGAGUGAACAAGCAGGUUUUCGGCCACCAAGAUCAACGAACCAACAAGUAGCCACUUUCUCCCAACACAUCAAAGAUGCCCUUGAUGCAAGAAAUACCCUUACGGCUGUUUUCGUCAAUUUCAAAUCAGCAUAUGACUUAGUGUGGAAAGAGAAGCUAAUUCUAAAAUUGGCAAAGAUUGGUAUUAAGCAUUACGUGCUAAAUUGGAUAAAAGCAUUCAUUGGACAAAGAUCAUGUAAAGUCAGAUAUGGAAAUGCCCUAUCAAAAUCCAAUCUUUUACAAACAGGCCUUCCACAGGGAGCUGCCACAAGUUGCACUCUUUUCAAUGUCUUCAUCAGUGACAUAGCCGAAUUGGUACAGCCAGUCACGGGCAUCAAGUGCUUACUUUACGCAGAUGAUCUGGUACUAUGGUAUUCCGCCCCUAAGAAAAACGCUCAGGAGAGGACAGAAAGUGCCUAA